AACCCAUUCCAACAAGCAAGGGGGGAUAGGAACUUCCUUAUUUCUAUAAAAUCAAGCUUAUAGCCGUCUGUAAACAUGUUUCAAAUAUAAAUACAAUCACACUAAAUAUUUUACUCAAAUGUACUCAAAUAUUAUGAUAUGUUAGAAACAGUUACAUUUCGAAAGGCACCCCGAUCAAGGUAUCCUCUCUGUUCCUGGGACCUGAGAAUUGUCUUCAUUCAUUUGUUUUGGUAGAAUUAUAAUUAGGGCUUUUGAACUUUAUAAAAAGGGGAAUAUGCCUGCGUCUACAAAGGUACCCAAAGCACUGUUACAGAUUUUUGAAAUCCAAAGUGAUGAUGAAGAUUUCAAAGGGUUCAGGAAUUCCCUUACAAUCGAAACAUCAUCUGAGGAUAGCCGGGACAGCUUCCAGUCACUGGAUUCGGGAAAGGGAGAUCUUUGCUUUCGCUCCAUGUAUAUCACUGAGGAGCUGGUGAAGAUUUUUACAGAGGAUACAGACACCAAGGAUGAGGAGUUUGAGGGCUUUACAGAGGGGGAUCUGCAACUCAAUGGCUGGAUACAAUCCAUGUCCAUGGAUUCUGAUUCUGAAGAGGACAUUAGUUUCUCCUCUGAUGACGAGCAAGAAGUCCCUCCAAAGAAGAGAGUCUCUGGCCUUUGUGUUGCAUUCAAAUUCCCCGUUAAGAAGCUUGUCGGAACACCUCUAGCAAAGGGGAAGAAAGAGUCUUUGAAAUCUGAGGAGGAGGAGGAGGAGGAGGAGGAGGAGAACCGCAAGGGGAAAGCCAAGCCACAGCGCCAGAGAGCAGACUCUGAUUCUGAGCCUGAAGAAGAUUGUAAUAAUGCAGCAGACCAGCCAAACACUUUACAGAAACGGGCAAAGAACAUCAAAGAAAACAAAGACAUGCUUGCCAAGUUACUGGCAGAACUGAAUUCCAUGCCUGACCUUUUCCCUAUGAAGACACCCAGUACAACACCUAAACGGAAAAAAUCCCUAAAGAAGAAUUUUUCAGACGGACUGAGCGGGCGUCGAAACCCUUCCCGGAGAGCCCGACCCCCUGAGCGGUUUGGUUUGGAGGGCUUUUCCAUGUCCCCCACCAAACAAAUGGAGCAGCUGAACAGCAUUAGAAGGAGAGCAGCAAUGAGAAAGAUGUUGAUUGAGGUGAAUGAUAAAGGGAUGAGCAGUGGCAGCCCCAAAAAGAGGUCUUCUAAACACAGCGAUCAGCGCUCUGUGGAAGACAUAACUGAAGAGGAACUAGAGAAUGUAGCCAUAUCCUCUAAAGACAAACUUUACGAUAAAAUUAACGGGAGUACUUGUCAUCAGUGCAGACAGAAAACCACGGACAGUAAAACAGUCUGCAGGAAUCCCAAUUGUUGGGGUGUGAGAGGCCAGUUUUGUGGGCCCUGCCUUCGCAAUCGCUAUGGGGAAGAUGUGCGAUCAGCACUGCUAGACCCUCUGUGGGUCUGCCCUCCAUGUAGAGGUGUCUGCAACUGCAGCUUCUGUCGCAGAAGGGAUGGCCGAUGUGCCACCGGCAUCUUGAUCCAUAUGGCCAAAUUCUAUGGCCACGGCAAUGUUAAGGAAUACUUGGAAAGCGUUCAGAAAGAACUAUCAUUGGAAAAGUGAGGCCCUGCAAAGACAGAACGGAGCUUGGAUAUACUAUGCCUGAGUUGUGUUUUGGAACAGGUCAUUCUUCAGCAGUUUAAGGUCAUUCUAGUUGAAGACUGACAAACCUUUUCAACAGUUCAACAGCUCUAUUGUAAAAUAUUUGUUUAUAGUUCUAAUUUUUGUUUAAUCUCCGAGGCUAAAAUUAAAAUAUAUGCCUUGUUUCACAGACCUGAACUACCACUAAGCCAUUUAUACUUUGUGUUCAGAUAAUUACAUUUUGAAUUAUCUACAAAUUUAGUAUGACUGAAACACUUUCCACGAACAAAAUGCUGGAGGAGUUUCAGUAAGGGUCUAAAGUAUGAAAAUAUUCUAAUUGGAUAUCAAAGAUUGUCUAUUGUGUCUGUUUUAAAUUCUUUUUUAAAGACAAAGUCUAGUUAAGAAACAUGUUGAUCCCAAAGCAUAUUUGCUUAUUUGUUUCAACCCUUAAGUUUUAUUUGCACUCUUAAACAUUAAUGCUUUAAAAAAAAAAAAAAAUAGUAAGAUAUUGAAGGGUCUUUUUGUGACUUUUUUUAAGAUUGCACUUUUGUGAAAAAUGUUUUAUAUAUAGGGUCAUUACCAAUGAUAGUGAUACUGUUUUGUUUGUUAGUAUGAUUAACGUUUAACUGUGAUUUAUGUACACUGGACAGAAAGACACUUUAAAUAUGUGAACUGCAGUUUACUUUAGUACAUAUUUGUGAGUUUUAAAUAAACACAUCUAUGCAUUUAUUAAA